AUGCAUCAUCAACCAAAACUAGCGGCUUCUGUAAGCAUAGGUAAUCCAGCUUGUGAAUCGCGAGAUCAAGAACGUACUUCCCGAAGAAUGAACAGAGUUGCUGGAUCUGCCACGGUACCAGACAAAGAUGAUAUCGUUGCAGCAAGAUUACGAGGAGCACGUUCGAGUGGUCCUGACGCUUCAUUGCAUUCAUCUGAUACAGAUAAUCUACCAGCUCAAAUAAGAACACCCAAGUCAUAUGCAAGUGAAAUAUUUGGUGUUGAUAGAUCCACUUCAGAAGAGUUAAGAACUUUAUUGAAAUACCUCAGACGUCAACUUCCACCGAUGGAUAAACAAGGUCCAAUGAGUGGCAAAUGCAUUCCUGAGACUGAUCAGAUGGAAGACUUUCUUAAACGAAAUUUCGGUUUCUAUAAUAAUGGUCAAUACAUUGUAUCUGGUGUACGAGCAUUCGAACUGCGCAAACCCCUCUCGAAAAUGGAGUCCAAUGCAAGAAUUUAUUUUCCCCACGAGCAUCGCGGUUCAUUUACCAUGACUGUAUCGGAAAUCAGGAGGUGGCAAAAUUCCUUUGCUGUCUAUGCUGAUAAAAGUAUCUCGGGGACGGACAAAGUCUUUCUUUAUAAAGCUCUUCAGGGAAAGAGUAAGGAUGGUGACGAAGCUUUUCGCAUGAAAUUCGUCGUGCGAAUUUCUGAUUGUCCUAUUUUGAUGAAAUUCGAUGCAAAGAUAUUACCCCGUUCACUCGAUGAGUACUGGCCAAAUAACAUCAAACUCGUUUCGGUGACAGGUAUUGACUUUGCUGGCCGACAACAUGAUGCAAAAGAUAUCACAACCUAUAUCACCAAUUGGGAGAAAGUUUUCGAGCUCGAUCGGACCACGGGUAUGCCAGCAGUGUUCCAUGGAAGAGAUUUUCGUCCACUGAAGCGUCAUCCACCAGUCGUACUUGACGAACAACGUCUGGUCAAUGAUCUUAUUUGUAUGGUGAGAACACGAUUACGAGCAUGCGACAUAGAAGGAGUACAAAUCGUAGUUGAGACGGGUAUUGGCCUCGGUGUUUUUGCUGGCAAACACAUUGGGAUCGAUGGUCAAGUAAGAAUGCUGUCUGCCUAUGCCGUUCGAUACGUACUUCAAAAUGAAUGGUCCGUGUACAAAAAUAUUCGCGCUAUUGUGUUUGCUUUACCGAUCUUCUCCAGAACUCUUGACGGCCACCAACUUCCGGAUACCUAUCACGAUUUUGUCAACGAAUUUCGUGAGAGUAAAUAUCGUGGACCUAUACCUGUCCUUAUCGCUGAUCAGGAUAUGCAUGAAUUGACGAUAGCCAUUGCUCUUCAGGGCUUUCGAGUUUCUCAACUCAAUCCAGCUGAUUCACAUGGCGUGUUUGGCGAAUACUGGCAAAACCAUGGGCCAGCAGUCGAAGAGAAGCUUGCUCUGACGACAGUCGGUCUGCUUGUUCAACAUCAUCUCAUAAAUCCUUCAGUUCUUGAUCACAGUAAAUAUCACUUUAUAUGA